GGAGUUGAAGGAGUUGGAGAGAUGAAGUCAACGUUGAAAUAAAUCAACAUAAUAAUUCAGAAAAACCUUUUAAGAUCGAAAUGUCACAGACCACAGGAACCACAGACAGGGAACUUAAAUAAUUCAGUUCAAUUUUAUUUUAACCGAUAUCACAGACGAGUGGUUUCGUUGCUUGUAAUAGAACAUGUUUAUGGACCAAUGAAAGGGCUAAUUUAAUCUAAUCUUAAAACUAAAAUUGUGUAUAAUACUCAAUUGUCAAUCAAUCUCAAUCUGAGGAAUACAACAUAUCUUCGAAAACUAGCGCCACCAAACAGUACAAAUUCCCCCUUUUAGGUUCUUUGCUAGAAAACUCGAUAUAGGUGAGACACACAAAUUAAAACGAAUAGUACGUAUUUAAAUAUUUCUUCCGAGAAAACAUUUCAUACUCAUAUACCGGCGUAAACAUGUAUUAAACACCUGUUAACGUGCUCUCUUUGAUCGCGCUCUUUUCAUAGCUAAUGCAACAUUAAGUUAGAAUUUAAUCACAUGUAUUGAUGUGUUGAUCAAGCGUAGAGAGAAUAUAAAUAUUUCGCGAAGAGCGAAUUAGUCGCAUUGCUUCGAUCAGAAUCAAAUUCCGCGAAAUCACAAGCCAUUGCUCUCGUAACUUUAUUCAAACAAAGCGAGAUUCUGUUAGUAAACAACUGUGGCUGAAGGAAGACGUUUCGACCGGCUCCGAACCAUGAGUCACCGUGAACUUGUAAUUAUUCUGUUUUUGCUAAUUGCAUUUGGCCAGCGCUUGCAGUUGUCCGCUGCACAGAAAUGCAAAGCAUUAAGCGGCGAGAACAACUUCGGCAUCUACAGGUGCCAAGGAGUGCAGACGCUGAGCGAGAUAGAGGAAGAGUUAGCGUCCACAUGGCGUGGCAUUGUCGUGAGCAAUCGCAAAGAAGAUUAUCUCGACUUUACAGCGCAAUCGGGAGAGCAGCAAACAGAAACAAAGUGGGCGCAGAUCACUAGCUUGGACUUGUCGCAGGUUGGAGCUUUGAGCCUUGGUGACGAUGGCUUCAGCUCAUUCACUGCCUUGGAGCGUUUGAACUUAACGAACGCACAGUUGGGCGAAUUGAAGCUGCAGUACUUUCCACCUGCCUCGAAACUGGAGUAUCUCGAUAUGAGCUGGAAUGACUUUCAGCGGUUAAAAGCAGUGAAUUUUCAGCGUUUAACACAGUUGAGAGUCGCGAAUUUCUCACAAAACAACAUAAAGCUUGUUACCACGGACGCGUUGGCGGGGCUGUUGCAAUUGGAACAACUAAAUUUGGAGAGCAAUGCAUUAACGAAUGCAUCGGUCGGUGUCUGUAAUAAUCUGAGUGUGCUAAAGCUCGGAUAUAACGACAUUAAAAAAAUUUCGGAAUAUGAUUUUGUGGGCUUGCCGCAACUGCGAGAUCUUCGUCUGAACUCCAACUCGAUACAUAGCAUCGCCAAUGGCGCGUUUCAGGAGCUCAGCAAACUUACCUCACUCAACCUCUCUGGCAAUUCAUUGCGCCAGCUUUCCGCCGAAACAUUUCAAGGCAUGGAACGUACACCCCUGCAAUAUCUGGAUCUCAGUUCAAAUGAUUUGAGCAGUUUGUCAGCUCUGCUCUUUGCACCCUUACACCAAUUGCAAGUGCUGAAUCUCAGCGGCAAUCAGUUGAGAUCACCACCUGACGGUCUUUUCCUAGGGCUGACGCAGCUACGUAAACUGUAUAUGUACAACAACGAUAUCGACAUAUUUCGUGCAAACACCUUUGCAAAUCUCACUGCGCUCGACACACUCGACCUAUCUGGCAACAACAUACAACAAAUGACUGCAAAUGUUUUCGGUACAAUGGCCCUGCCACGCUUCCGAAAACUGUGGAUAAAAACCAACAACUUGAAACAUCUGCACCCGCUAGCUUUUGCCGCCCUGCCCACCAUGGAAUACCUUUCGCUGGGCUACAAUGAACUGACGACCCUAGAUAGGCGUAUGUUUGAACCUUUGCGAAGUCUGCGAAAACUCCAUUUAGGAAAUAAUUUGCUUCAGGAAAUAUCCAUGGACGUGAUGCAUACCUGGACCGAGUUGUCCGACCUAUUGUUAGAUAAUAACAAGUUGUCAUUUCUACCGAACAUGGCAGACAUAUCAUUUUCAAGCCUGCGCACGUUCUCGCUGGAAGGCAAUCCGUGGCAAUGCAAGUGCCUUGAUGAUCUCUUGGAGUGGUUGAAUUUGAAACAGGUCGACUACUAUAGGCCUCAGAGCCCUUAUUAUCAGGGCGCGAAAUCUCUGUGCGUCGUGACAAAUAAUGAUGUAUGUGUUAGAGACUUGGCCCAGGUAAAAGAGGAAGGUUUUUCUGAUAUACAGGAAAAUGUUGUGAACAGCUAGCCAUUAAUAUAAACUUAAUAAAAUUAUUGUAUAAACUUAAGUAUUUACAUUUAACGUUAGAAUAAA